AUGGAAGAAGCAUCAUGGGAGCAGAGACUGCAAGCCUUAACCCACAUCCUAACGAGCCCCACAACCACCCCAUCUCUCCACUCUCAGUUCUUCAUCGCCACCCAAAUCCCCUGCUACCUCAACUGGGACUAUCCUCCCUUCCUCUGCUCCAACCCCAACCUUCUCAGAACAUGGCUCCGCUCAUUCUUCCUCAAAAGGGUCUUCGGAACUGCACCUCCUCAAACCUCUUGGAGAUCUAAGUGCCCCUUCCACCAACCCCCACCCCUGAUUCUCGCAGACGGAGUCGAGGAACCGCACUGGGGACCCCAACAAAGAAGAGCUUACGUUAGGAAGAGAAUGGCUAGGAAACUUCGCAAAAAUGUUAACCCUGUUCCACACAUUGUAAUACCAAAUCUUUUGUUGUUGUCGCUUAUGAUUUGGAACCCCUUUCAAUCUCAAGAUUGA